AUGGCGGAAUCCGCGGAAAAAGCAAUUGUCUGCCCUCACCAAACCAUUCCAGCCCUGCCUGUGCAAAAUGGUAGAACAGGGGUCUUUAACAGUGUGUUCAAUGCGAGGUUCCUCAACAAUGUGAAUUAUCUUCGCCAUGUAAAUGGCAAUACUGUUGCUGAUGUUUACUGUGUCCAAUGUGGAAUGCUGCUUGGGUUGAAACUUAUUGCUGUGCCCCGACCAUCCCAGGAAAUUAGGGAAGGAAGGUUCUUGAUGAAUUUGGAGAAACUUGUUUAUUGGGGUGAUUAUUCCAUGAUAUAUCAAGAACAAGAUGGAACUGUUGCUAAUAUCGAUCAGGUUCUGUAUGAACUAAGUGGAGGUGUUGUUGUUCAUCCAUUGGUUCCUAGUGAACAGAAUGGACACGCCAAUGGUGAGCAUGCUCCUAUGGAUCAAGAUGGAGGUGAUGCUGAACAACUUGUUAAUGCUAUGCGCAAUCUACGCAUGUGA